CGGAAGGACAGCCGGACAGGGAGUGGCCUGACCCAACCGGUGGCCUUGGAUCCGGAGAUUCUGCAGACACACAUGACACACACCCUCCUCUAUUAGUACCACUUUACAAUGUCAGCGGUCCACAGAUCCUUUGUUUAGUGCUGCUUGCUGCCACCUAAUCCGCCAUUUCCUUGCUUGUUUUGCUGCUGCCCGCGCCAUGGCCAUAUAAAAUUUGCACCCAUGGCGACCUGCGUGACCCCCUCUCUCUCUUCCUCAGUUCCUCUGCCUUUGCUAAGCUAAACCUGGACAACAAGCCACCUAAAAGUGGAGCGUAGCAAGACACAAUGUUGUUAUCUACUACUCCUGCAUAGCCGUCCAACACAAGCUAAGGGACCAAGAUUUGCUUCUCCAUCAUCGUGUUGUGAGUUGCGACACGCCAACAUGUCCUAGCCAGCCGAAUUCUACAGCACCACCUCAUCUCUCCUGAAUCUCUCUCCCACUUUGCUCUUCUUGCACACUGGAGCUGGACACCUACAGCCAGCAGAAGAGAGUGCAGCAGUGUCGAGUGUAGCUCGAUCGAGUGCUCUGCUUGCUGGCAUGAGCGGCGCCGGCGGCAGGCACGCGGCGGCAGCGCCGCGGCUACUGUUUCUUCUUCUCUGCUGCACGGUGUUCACGGGCUGCAUGCGCGGCGCGCAGGCCGUGGACGCGCAGGGCUCGGCGCUCCUGGCAUGGAAGCGCACGCUAACCGGCGCCGGCGCAAGCAGCGCUCUCGCCGACUGGAACCCAUCGGCGGCAUCCCCAUGCCGAUGGACGGGCAUAUCCUGCAAUGCCAACGGCGAGGUGACCUCCCUAACCCUGCAGACCACCAACCUCCUCGGCCCCGUCCCAUCCGACCUCUCCGCCAUGGCCGCCACACUAACCACCCUCAUCCUCUCCGGCGCCAACCUCACCGGCCCAAUCCCUCCAACCCUCUUCCCCUCCCUCCCUUCCCUCUCCACCCUCGACCUCAGCAACAACGCGCUCACGGGCACCAUCCCUGCCACGCUCUGCCGUCCUGGAAGCAAGCUCGAGACGCUCGUCAUCAACUCCAACCGCCUCGAAGGCCCCAUCCCGGACGCCAUCGGCAACCUGACGAGCCUCCGUGACCUCGUCAUCUUCGACAACCAGCUCGACGGCGCCAUCCCGGCUUCCAUCGGCCAGAUGUCCAGCCUCGAGGUGCUCCGCGCCGGCGGCAACAAGAACCUCCAGGGCGCGCUCCCCGCCGAGAUCGGCAACUGCUCCAAGCUCACCAUGCUGGGCCUCGCCGAGACCAGUAUCUCCGGCCCGCUGCCGCCCACCCUCGGCGAGCUCCAGAAUCUCGAGACGCUAGCCAUUUACACGGCGCUGCUGUCCGGCCCGAUCCCGCCGGAGCUCGGCGAGUGUAGCAGCCUCCAGAACAUCUACCUCUACGAGAACUCCCUCUCGGGCUCCAUCCCGCCGCAGCUCGGGAAGCUCGGGAAGCUCAAGAGCUUACUCCUAUGGCAGAACAAUUUGGUCGGCGUCAUCCCGCCAGAGCUGGGCAACUGCACGGCGCUCAACGUGGUCGACCUGUCCAUGAACGGCAUCACGGGGCACAUUCCGGCCACGCUCGGCAACCUGGCGGGGCUUCAGGAGCUCCAGCUGAGCGUGAACAAGGUGUCCGGCCCGAUCCCGCCGGAGCUCGGCAACUGCGGCAACCUCACGGACCUCGAGCUCGACAACAACGCGCUCACGGGCGCCAUCCCCGCGGCCAUCGGCAAGCUCUCCUCCCUCCGGAUGCUCUACCUCUGGGCCAACCAGCUGUCCGGCACCAUCCCCACGGAGAUCGGCGGGCUCGUGGCGCUCGAGUCGCUCGACCUCUCGCAGAACGCGCUCACGGGCGCCAUCCCGGGCUCCGUCUUCUCCAAGCUCCCGAAGCUCUCCAAGCUCCUGCUCAUCGACAAUGCCCUUUCCGGGGAGAUCCCGCCGGAGAUCGGCGACUGCGCGUCGCUGGUGCGCUUCAGGGCCAGCGGCAACCACCUGGCGGGAAAGAUCCCGCCGCAGAUCGGGAAGCUCGCGCGGCUCAGCUUCCUCGACCUCGGCGCCAACCGGCUCUCCGGCGCCGUCCCCGCCGAGAUCGCUGGGUGCCGGAACCUCACCUUCGUCGACCUCCACGGCAACGCCAUUACCGGAGCUCUCCCUCAGGGGAUUUUCAAGUCGAUGCCGUCGCUGCAGUACCUCGAUCUCUCCUACAACGGGAUCACCGGGAAGAUUCCGCCGGAGAUCGGGACGCUCGGCUCGCUCACGAAGCUGGUGCUGGGGGGGAACCGGCUCUCCGGCCCGAUCCCGCCGGAGAUCGGCUCGUGCGCGCGGCUCCAGCUGCUGGACCUCGGCGGGAACUCGCUCUCGGGGGCGAUACCGGGGAGCAUCGGCAGGAUCGCGGGGCUGGAGAUCGGGCUCAACCUCAGCUGCAACCAGCUAACGGGCGCCAUGCCCAAGGAGCUCGCGGGGCUGGCCCGGCUCGGCGUGCUCGACGUGUCCCACAACGCGCUCUCCGGGGACCUCCAGCUGCUGUCGGGGCUCCAGAACCUCGUCGCGCUCAACGUCUCCUUCAACAACUUCUCCGGCCGGGCACCCGAGACAGCCUUCUUCGCCAGGCUGCCCACCAGCGACGUCGAGGGGAACCCGGCGCUGUGUCUCUCCCGGUGCCCGGGCGAUGCCGAUGCCGCUGGUGAGCGCGCACGGUACGCCGCUCGCGUCGCGACCGCCGUGCUGCUCGCCGCUCUCGUGUCGCUGCUCGCCGCCGCCGCGGUGCUGGUGCUCCACCGGCGCCGGAGAAGAGGGUUGGUUCUCGGCGGGGAGGAGGACGGCGGGAAGGACGGCGAGAUGGCGCCGCCGUGGGACGUGACGCUGUACCAGAAGCUGGAGAUCAGCGUGGGCGACGUGGCCCGCAGCCUGACCCCCGCCAACGUGAUCGGGCAAGGGUGGUCCGGCUCCGUGUACCGCGCGAGCAUCCCUUCUACUUCUUCCUCCAACGUGAGCACCGUCAUCGCCGUGAAGAAGUUCCGGUCGUCGCGCGACGAGGCGGCGGCGGCGGUCGCGGAGGCGUUCGCGUGCGAGGUCGGCGUGCUGCCACGCGUCCGCCACCGCAACAUCGUGCGGCUCCUGGGCUGGGCCACCAACAGCCGCCGCGCGCGCCUCCUCUUCUAUGACUACCUCCCCAACGGCACCCUCGGCGGCCUUCUUCACGGCGGCAGCGGCAAUGGUGCCGCCGUGGCCGUGGUGGAGUGGGAGGUGCGGCUGUCGAUCGCCGUGGGCGUGGCCGAGGGCCUCGCCUACCUCCACCACGACUGCGUGCCGCCCAUCCUCCACCGCGACGUGAAAGCCGACAACAUCCUCCUCGGCGACCGCUACGAGGCCUGCCUCGCCGACUUCGGCCUCGCCCGCCCCGCCGCCGACGACGCUGCCCACAGCUCCUCCCCUCCCCCCUUCGCCGGCUCCUACGGCUACAUCGCCCCCGAGUACGGGUGCAUGGGGAAGAUCACGACGAAGAGCGACGUGUACAGCUACGGGGUGGUGCUGCUGGAGGCGAUCACGGGGCGGCGGCCGGCGGGGGAGGCGGCCUUCGGGGAAGGGCGGAGCGUGGUGCAGUGGGUGCGGGAACACCUGCACCGGAAGCGGGACCCGGCCGAGGUGGUGGACCCGCGGCUGCAGGGGCGGCCGGACACGCAGGUGCAGGAGAUGCUGCAGGCGCUCGGGAUCGCGCUGCUCUGCGCCAGCCCGCGCCCCGAGGACAGGCCCACCAUGAAGGACGUCGCCGCGCUGCUCCGCGGCCUCCGCCACGACGACGGCGCCGGCGGGGCAGACGCCAGGAAGACGAGCGCGAGCUGGGCCGAGCAGCCGAGGCGGGCCGUGGAGUGGGCCAAACCCACGCCGCUCCCCCUCCCGGCCCAUUCUAGCUCUUCGGCCUACUCGACCACCGGGAGCGUGUAGCCUUAGGGUAAGAUCCAAACGGAUCCUAAACGUAGCACUGUGGCUGUGGCCCAUGACACGGCGUCGGCGAGCGGCGGUGGAGCUGUCGCCGGCCCCGCCGCCAAGAAGCCUCCAGGAAGGACGCGUCGUGUGGAAAGAUACGAGGCGAGGUGGGGGUCGAACCGCAAGACGCCAACAGCGAAGCAAUAAUUCCUGCUACUCUUUCGUGUAUGUACAUUGCACCAUAGGCCAUAGCCAGCCGCGUGAUGCAGACAAUUCAUCGCAUCUCAUUCUCAUCUGGGUCAUGUAUGAAUGAAUCCAAUGUACGAUGAUCAUGGUGCCGCUCCACAUUCUGAUUGCCGUGCUCUGCUUACAUGUGCCGGCCGGCCCCCGCUCGUGUUGGCUAGCUACCUGGUACAUGGACUGUUUCAGAGCUGUGGGGCUUGUUGAA